UUUUAAACAAAAUCAAGAUGAAAAAAACAACUGCUAUGGCAGUUUAAUGUGUGGGCCUUCAAUGGCAGGGAACUGUUGGCAGGCUAUAACAAAAUACGAAAGCAAUGGUUAUUAUUCACAAUAUACAAGUCGAACAGAAUCGGAUUUCGCAUUUGGAUCAGGCUGUACAGUUAUAUAUACAUGUGAUUCAAAUCCAUAUAUGAAUGUAUCAGGAAAAACUAUUAAAGAAAAAGCAGAAAAUAUUAUAAAAAGAUGUCAAAAAGAUCCAGGUAUUCCUUGUGGAUCUGAAUAUUUUCAAACAGCAAAAGAAAAAUGUAGAGUAACAGUAAAUUAUUGCGCAGAAUGUAAUGAUCGAGGGUAAAAAAUGUAUUAAUAU